AUGCCACCUAAGAGAGGAGUCGAAGAGACGAAGAACAAUGUUGUCGCCUUCGGCCGUGUCAGGAAGAAUCUCAAGAUGGGAUGUGUGGGCUUGCCAAAUGUGGGGAAGAGCUCGUUGUUCAAUCUGCUGACGGAGCAGAGUGCAGCUGCAGAGAGCUAUCCUUUCUGUACUAUAGAACCGAAUGAGGCGAGGUGUGCUGUACCAGAUAUUCGAUAUGACUUCCUCUGCGGUCUCUGGAAGCCACCUUCCAUGUAUCCAGCCUACCUGCAAGUAACAGACAUUGCGGGUCUCAUCAAAGGCGCAUCCCAAGGCGAAGGUCUCGGAAACGCUUUCCUCUCACAUAUCCAAGCCGUAGAUGGGAUGUUCCACAUCGUUCGCGCCUUUGACAACGACGAGGUGCUGCACGUCGAUGAUUCGAUCGACCCUGUCAGAGAUUUGAAUACUAUCCAGAGUGAGCUGUGUAAGAAGGACCUGGAUAUCCUCGCCAAAGCCAUCACCUCCGAAGAAGCAGUCGUCCGCAAAGCUGGCGGGAAAUUCAAAAUGAACCCCCUAUUUCCCAGCACACCCGUCCGAGACGGCGUCUGGACAACUGCAGAAAUCGAGCUCAUCAACGAGAAGGCACUUCCUUCCCAUCUCCUCCUCAUUCUACUCUCACUAAUCAGUACCUUGGAUGAAAAGAUGUCCCUCAUAACAACCAAACCAACAAUCUACCUUGUUAACCUCACAAUGAAAGACUACCUGCGCCAGAAAUCCAAAUACCUGCCCUCGAUCGCCGCAUGGUUUGAAGAGAAAGCGUAUUCGCUGCGCAAUGAUCCUGAUGCUUUGAAGACAUUCCUGGGGGAGGGCAAGGUGAAAAGCAGGCUGAAGAAGAUAAUAACCGAAGGUACUCCGGCGAGAAAGAAAUCCGCUGCUCCGCGCGGGUGUCUCGCGCCUCAAGCCGCAGGCGCUAUCCACACGGAUUUCGAACGCGGUUUCAUCAAAGCCGAGGUCGUUGCUUAUGCUGAUUGCCACGAUCUGUGUGACGGCGCGAAGAGUAUGGCGCCGAUUAAGGCAGCGGGGAAAUAUCGCCAGGAGGGAGGCAAAUAUGUCGUGCAGGAUGGGGAUAUUAUUCAUUUCCAGUUUACGGCUUGUGGUACCCCAUCAAAAGCAAGUAGCUCUGCAAGCUACAAUAGGACGCUCCAAAACGCCUCUGCCAAUAGCCAUAUGUGCUAA